UGGUUAUUUCGUUUUCAAGGUAAAAUUGUGAAGUUAUCUCCCUUAUUUGACCUCGAAGUUCACCAAGAAGAAAGACCGAGGGAUAUUUAGGAUGACGGGCAAAAUAUAACGUGUUUAAUUUGGUUUGUUUGUGACUGUGUUGUGGUUGUCAUAUUUGACAGUGGACUAGUGUCACAUUUGACCAUAGCAACACAACUUGUGCGGGUACAUAGCGACUUUUCUUUCUUUUUGCCAGUUGAAUCGAGAUAGAAACUUUUUGCUGGUGUUUUUGAACUGUUAGUUGAAAUAUUUACAGAUGUGUGGGUAUUAAACAUUUGUCUGUUAAACAAGAAUUUUAAAAAAUCAAAAGUUGAAAUAUUUACAGAUGUGUGGGUAUUAAACAUUUGUCUGUCAAACAAGAAUUUUAAAAAAUCAAAAGAAAAUCGUUUUCAUCUGAUUGUAAUAGAUUCUCGUUUAGUUGUGUGGCAUUGAUUACUGGACUGGACACUUAAACUUACAUGAACAUACAUUUAUUUUGUGAAUAUUCGUCUUUCAAACCAGAAUUUUGUGAAUAAAGGAAAAUCGUUCUGUGGGCUGAAUUAUUGUGAAGUAAGCCUAAUGUUGAUAAAAGAAGUUGUGCAACAUUUAUACAUCAGAUAUAAGUACAAGAUUUUUAUGAAUUAAAAAAAAAAAAUUGUUUCAUCUGACUGAGUAAAGUUGUGGGGGCUGAAUAGAUUUAGUUAUUUUAAAACACAGCUGUACAACAUUUAUACAUGUACCUCCGAUAUAUAAGUAUACCAGAAGAAUCUAAUACCCAAACAAGAUUUUGUGAAUUAAAAGAAAAAUCGUUUCUUCUGACUGUGAGUAGAGUUGUGGAUGCUGAAUUGAUUUAGGUAUUAUGAACUUACGUUGAUGAAACACAGCUGUGCUACACUUAUAUAUCAGUAUACCAGAAGAAUCUAAUACCCAAAACAAGAUUUUUGUGAAUUAAAAGAAAAAAUUGUUUCAUACGUAGAGUUGUGGGUGAUUUUGUUAUUAUCAACUAAUGUUGACAAAAUAAAGUGCGCGACAUUUUCAUAUACGGGUAUAUAAAUCCAAUCUAAGUUUAUUUUCUAAUCAGAAUCUAAGACUCAAGAUGAAUCAUGUGUUAAAACUAUUUUUUAAGACUGGCUUUACGAACUCUAGUGCCUUUAAACCACACUUCAGACGACAGCUAAUAAGAAAAAUAUCAUCAACGUCCUUCGAGAAAUAUGCUAGCUUUAAUCCAUCUCCUCUGUCAUUACGACAACUUCUGGAGUUUGGAACAAAGGGAAGUAAAAAUGGUUGUCAAGAGGCGUCAUUCCAUUUCCUGCGUAAAGAGUUACCUGUCCGUCUGGCCAAUAUAAUGAAAGAGAUUAGUUUAUUACCUGAUAAUUUAUUAACGAUGCCGUCUGUCAGACUUGUAAUGAGCUGGUAUGAACAGAGUUUUCAAGAGUUGUUACAAUUUGAAAGUGGUGAUGAAAUAUCUCAUCUACCACAUUUUACAGAUAAAUUAGUUAAUAUACGAAAUCGUCACACGAAUGUAGUAGAAACAAUGGCACAGGGUAUAUUAGAGUUAAAGGAGACCCAUGGUAUAGAUGUUAAUACAGAGAAUCGUAUACAAUAUUUCCUAGAUAGAUUCUAUAUGUCCCGUAUUAGUAUACGAAUGUUGAUUAACCAACACACUUUAUUAUUUGGUAGUGAUAGUGAGUUAGGAAAUCAUCCACGACAUAUUGGUUCUAUAGAUCCAGGUUGUAAUGUUUUACAUGUUGUUCAAGAUGCAUUUGAGAAUGCAAGGUUUUUAUGUGAACAAUAUUAUUUAAUGUGUCCAGAAAUAGAAAUCAUCUGUAAAACACCAGGAAAUAAAGUAAAGAAUGUUGAGAUAGUCUACGUUCCGUCACAUCUUUAUCAUAUGUUGUUUGAACUUUUCAAGAAUGCUAUGAGAGCUGUUGUUGAACAUCAUUCAGAAGAAACGGAAGUACCAAAGUUAAAGGUUAUGAUCUGUAAAGGUGUUGAAGAUCUCACUAUUAAGUUAUCAGAUGAAGGAGGUGGUGUACCACGUAGUAAAACCGAUUUAUUGUUUCAAUAUAUGUACUCGACAGCUCCACAACCUUGUAGAUCUAAUAGUGGCUCUGCACCUUUAGCUGGUUAUGGAUACGGUCUGCCAUUAUCUAGAUUAUAUGCCAGAUAUUUCCAUGGUGAUAUUAUAUUAAAUUCUCUAGAAGGGUUUGGUACAGAUGCCAUUAUAUAUUUAAAGGUUUUAUCGAAUGAAGCUAACGAACUUUUACCCGUCUACAAUACGACCACUUCCAAGUUUUAUGCUUCAGAUAUUCCUGUUUCUGAUUGGAGCUCAUCUCCGUCAAACGGACCUAAUUCUUCGUCAACGCGGACAUACUUCACAUCUGCUACGGCUUGUCGUAGUUAACCUAGGACUUUAUUUUAGGUCAAUGUGUAUAGACCGGGGCUUGUACAUCACUUACAUUUGUCUGUCUUGACUGGGGGGGGGGGGCUAAUGGUUUGAUAUGUGUGCUUUGGAUCAUAAGGUCUGUCAUUGAGUCAAGUGGCUUGGUUUGGGUCGAUUUCCAUCUUGUCUCUUACAAGGAGGAGGUUCACCUGUCCAACCUCGUGGGUUUUCUCUGGCCGAAUGGUUAGCGCAUGCGCGUGUUAUAAGGUCUGUCAUUGAGUCAACUGGCGUGGCUUCGAUUCCCAGUUGUACGUGACAAGCAGUAGGCUCGGCUUUCUUCAGGUCCUCCGGAUUCCUCCCACAGCUAAAGACUCCUACACGCAAGCGUAUUAUUGAAUUAAAAUAGAACCAUAUGUUAGUCCCGACAUUGUGUUUGACAAAAGUAAGUGUGAGCCCUGGUGUAAACAUUUAUUCCUGGUAAUUUAGUUUUAAAGUGAAACUCUAGUGAAGUUAUUUUGUAUAAAAACUUUUAUAUGACAAUGUAUGUACAUAAAUGAACGGUUCUCAAAAUCUCAACCUAUAUUUCGUUUCGUUUGUUAUACUUUUAUUGGCCUCCACUACAUAAAGAUCUGACCGGUUGUAGUAGGAGGUCGUGUCAGGGGUCAUACAAGCGGUUUUUGACCCGAUGCUAUCAAUCAUUUGAUUAACUAAUCAAUGUCGGUGUUUAAAGAGGGUAUUCGGAAAUAAAAUUUUUACUUUGAUAUGUUUUUUAUAUCGCCAAGAUUGUCUACCCACAGUUCCCUUGUGCCAGACAAUAAGAACUCGACUCAACAGACCAUUUGAUUGGCUAAUCCCUCACAUCAACCAGAACGUCAACUCUUCCAGAUCCUAGUUGAGUGAAGACAAGUAUAACUAAAUUUUAAACCACAAAAAGCGAAACGAAAUAGGAUCCAUGUUUUAAUCAGAUUGGGAGUUUUAUUUUAUUGGAGGAUUUAUGUUAAACAUGUAAUUCAAUUCAAACUUAGCGAGUCAGUUCUUCUUAAGCCCUGUAUUGUGGAUUCUUAGGGUUUAAUUAAUAGAAUUUCAAAGUCAUAAUAUUAUUAAGUGAGGGGGGGGGGGGGUUAUGUUGACUUGGCAACUCUUAAAUGUCUUUGUUUGCAUCCACUUUGCUCUUAUCACGGGAUGUUAUUUCCAUGGAAACGAGUUGACGCCAGUUGUAAUAACGCUCAUGUUGACUGCAACUAGCAGAAAGUUGAUCAUGUGCAACUGACUGCAACUAGUUGCAAGAGGCGAUCAGGUCAACCUUUUCUGUUCCGAAACACCAGUUGCUUUCACUUGCAAGGUCGACAUAAGCUCCCCCCCCCCCUUUAAAGCCUAUAGCUUAUAUUAUCCAGGCUGCUAUAUGUGGUUUAAUGGUCCUGCGCCAGACAUUAAAUAGUAUUAGUUGUGCAGUAUCAAUAUAUUACCCAAUGACUUGCUUGAGACCAUUAAUCAACAGUACAGACACGACAAUCUCAAUGAAAUAAGUCAUAUGAGUUCAAUAUUUGAUCUAGUAUAAAUAAUGUACCCUUGGCAAGUUGCCUGUACAUUAUUAAAAAAAAAAAUAAUAAUGCAACACCAAAGGAUGACAUCUUUAUUUUUUUUCCAUAAUGACUUUUCUGUACUGUACUAUACAUGUAUAGCAGACCCUCGAGUUCACAAAGUAUUUUUAGACUUAAGUUAAGAAUUUACUCAACUUUUCAAUCACUGUUUAUGAGAAUUAACUUUAAUCCAGAAAUACAAAACAUUGCACAUAGUUUCUUAUUGAUGUAUUUGAUACAUUAAAACAACAAAAGUUUUAUAAAGGGCUAUAUCGAAGUUAAAAUAGGGCAAACAAUUUUGAGUAAAUUCUUAACAUGAGUCUGAGAAUGAACUCGGGCCAGGGCAUUGAUACAAAUUAUCAAUAAUAUGGUGAUAAUCUUUGAGAGGCAUUUAGUAACUGGAUAGAGCAAUAAACUAUAUCACAUACUUACGGAAAACAUUUACUAAUUAUUUUAGGCGAUGUUUGCAAUAGUAUUCUCUCAAGGUUGUCAAGUCAAUGAUAACGUUGAGAGAAUACUCUUCGAAACAUUGCCCAAUAUAAAUAGUAGCUGUUUUUCUAAAAGUAUGUGUUAUAGUUUAUUAAAAAUAUGGUAGUUAAUAUUUUUUAAGAUAUUUUUAAAUAUUUUCCCUAGUCACAAACUGUUAUUUUUAAACGUUGUUUGAAUCGUACAAUAUUUUAUCAUGAAAAUUCCAUUGUUUUAAAUAAAACCAUAAUUAAAGAUACAUUAUGGAAGAUUAAAGAGCUGGCAGUUCUCACUAUAAUAGUUAAAAACUAGAUAAUGUAAAGGGAAUUUGCUGAAAAUUUCAGUCAAAUUAAUCCACUCUGAACCGAGAAUUAAGUGAUUGAAUUUUCGGUCUAGCCUCGAUCAUCAUUACUAAAAUUGGUACGAUAAAAGACAUAGUCUCGAUUAUCUAUAUUUUGACUAAAUCAUCAAUAAGCUUUGAGCGAUAGAUCAGAUCCAAUCCAGUAAAUAUCGCAGGCUAGCGAUGACAUUGAGAGUUGAUUAUGGUCUGGAUAAGUUAAUUAAUGUCUAAUUAAUAAUUUAGAUAACAUUUCAGGCCUAAAGAAAGACCUUCAAGUGGCAGAUUUAUUCUCUUGCAUAAUGUAUGUUUAAGAGUUUAAUGAAGAGUGUUGGCCAUUCUUGCUAUAAUAAUUCAAAAAUAGAUGAUAAAAAAGAAACUAUUGAAAGACCUGCAAUAGGCAGAUUUAGCUCUUGCAUAAUGUAUGUUUAAAUAGACUUCAUUAAUUAAUCUGCAUAAUAGACAGAAUCCCAUUUUACAUUCAAUGUAACCAUCCAUUGUAAACUGUUUUAUAAAGUCAAAUUAAAAUUUGUAAAAUGUUUUAUAAAGUCAAAGCUGAAUUCAUAAAAGUCACAUUCUGAUUUUAAUAUUGCUUGAUCAACUUGAUCAACAAUGGAAUCAAAAAUUAUGCCUUAGACUUUUUACAUCCAUGAUCAUUUAGACAUAACAUAGUAAAAAAAUAAACUCAAUUUGUGAAUUGUUAAUCUUAGUCUUUUGCAAUGAAAAUUAAUAUAUGAAUUUCUAAAAUAUUGUGAAUAUUGUGAUUUUUUUAUGGAGGGGUUUUCCCUAUCAUAUCACGUCUGUUUACAGCUUCUGAUCCUUCCUCCUCAGAAUAACUAACCUGUAAGUCACGGAAAGGUGGUACAUUCAACCCCAUUUCAUUUCAUUUUCAUAUAAAAAUCAUGAAUAUUCAUUUGAUGGUUCGGAAAGGUUGGAUGUUUUUUCCAUCACAAAAUCAUGAAUAUUCAUUUGAGGGUUUGGGCAGGUUGGAUGUCUUUUCCAUCUCAAAAUCAGGUAAUAUUCAUUUGAGGGUUUUGAAAGGUUGGAUGUCUUUUCCAUCUCAAAAUCAUGAAUAUCCAUUUGAAGGUUCGGAAAGGUUGAUAUCUUUUCCAUCCCAAAAUCAUAAAUAUUCAUUCGAGGGUUUUGAAAGGUUGGAUGUCUUUUCCAUCCCAAAAUAAUGAAUAUUCAUUUGAGGGUUUUGAAAGGUUGGAUGUCUUUUCCAUCCUAAAAUCAUAAAUAUUCAUUUGAGGGUUUUGAAAGGUUGAAUGUCUUUUCCAUCCCCAAAUUAUGAAUAUUUAUUUGCAUUCACUUGGGUCAUUUUGAUUUGUCCUUCCCACAAGUUCUGGCUUAAGAUUUAAAUUAUGUGAAAGGGAAAUAAUUAAUUACACCUCGAGUUUUGUCCCAAUUCAAUAGCAGUGUUACGUGUCUGGUAUUUUAGAUGGGGAGACAGCUGUGAAUAUUUUUAUACCUACCUCAGUAAUAAUUUAUUAGUUUUGCUUAUUAUUAUUUUUUCUUAAUUUUUAUUUUAUCAAUAGGGCGUCCUUAUCCAGAAUUUUAAUAUGUUUGCCCAUUUAAAAACUAUUGUAUGUUUCCAAACCAUCGACUUGUACGGCCAAAGAAAUGAACUGUUCAGCAUCGCUUAUGUCGGUUGUCUUAAGUACUGAGAAACACAUUUGUUAAUCAAAAAACAAAUAUUUGGGGAGAGCACAAUUUCGGUAUACCUGACCACUUAAUAUUUUAUUUGUAAGACAUUUAAUUUUAGGAAAACUUUGAAAUAAUACAAAUAAAACUUAUAUUAAAGUUAUUCUUGAUCGCAAUCUCAAUCCCAUAGAUAUGUUUACCCUUCGUUUAUCUUGGGUAAAACUUGCUGGCCAUUUUGAAAUUGACGGCAUUUCAUUCUAACAAAUCCUGCCAAUCAGUAGCCACUGGGGGCGGAGCUAAACAACCAAUUUCACACUGAUUAAUGGCAAGUGAGUUUACCAGAGAUAUGGGGUAAAGUUAUCUCUGCGAAUGAGAUUGAUUGUCUUGAUUGUUAUCCAUAAAGUUGUGUUUGUUAUUUUAAAAACCUAAUUGGCAAAAUUUGAUUCUAAUUUAAAGUUUUUCCCAUUAAGUUUUAGCUAUAUUAUCUAGCAUUUUAUCAUGGUAAACUUUGUAUAUUUUGUUUUUCAAGUACGAAAAACAAUACUUGUUGAUCCCGAAUAUAAUUUGUAUUAGAAGAAUACAUUUAUUUAUAGAAAAACAAAAUAUGUUCUUCUAGAAAGUUUUGUAAAUAUAUUUCUGUUGUUAGAAGAAUGCUUAUACUCUUUAUUUUAAUCAUUUAAUUUAGUUGAAAUGGUUGUUUUAGUGUUACGAAAAAUAAAAUGACCUAUUAAAAACAAAAAAAUUAAAAAUAAAAUAUAUUUAUAUUCAA